ACCUCUAGCGGACCGGUGGCGCAAGGCUGGCUGGGGCUGAGCCAAAAGCGUUUGAUAAUUGGGCGCACAUCAAGCAUAAAAGUCAUAAAUGAAGACGCUCUUGUCAGAAGUCGAGUCCUGUCCCAGUCACGAGGGAUAAAUGAAACAGACAUCCAAAAUACCGCAGUUUUUGACAUGCCCUCCUCGCCCAACCCGGCCAUCAUUCAAGUUGUGCUUACGUCUAACGAGGUCACUGAGCAGGUAGCCGGACAGCCGGGCCUAUUGGGAAGAAGGCAAACCCACCUGCGGGGUAAGUUGAGUGAACGAAUCUGUUAA